GACUGAGCGAGCAGCCUCGCGAAGCAGCCUCGGACGUUUGCUUCGCAACGUUUGCCGCGCGAGGCAGCCUCGGUCUGUAAGUUUUCUAAUCCGAGGCUGCCUCGCGCGGCAAGUCCGAGCCAUCGUGAGCAUCGACGCUCAGUUUAACUUGAAGUCGAAUAGAGACCGCGCGUGCCCGUAUAGUUUGCCCGAGACCACCAUGAGGCCGCACAUUCGGAAAGCUGUCGCUACCACUGCCUUUUUAAUAAUUCUAAGGCUUGCAAAAAAAAGAAAACAGAAAACUAAACGUUUUUGGAUUAAACUCUUAUACAAAAAUAGAUUACAGGCUGGGAACAGAUUAUUUGAAGAGUUGUGCUUCGAUGACGAAGAAAAAAAUUUCACUCGAAUGAGUAAAAUCGAAUUUGACAAUGUGUAUUCUCUCAUACACGCCAAAAUAAGCAAGAAGGACACAAAUUUUCGAGAAGCAAUAUCCGCUAGGGAAAGAUUAUUAGUGACGUUGAGAUUUUUGGCCACAGGAGAUUCUUAUACCAGUCUACAGUAUCUAUUUCGUAUAUCAAAACAAAGGAUAUCGGUUAUAGUUCCUGAAGUCUGUGAUGCUAUAAUUGAGGUGUUAAAGGAUUAUGUUAAGAUACCAUCAUCCGAAGAAGAGUGGCUUACCAUAGCGAAAGAGUUUGAGAGCAAAUGGAAUUUCCCACAUGUCAUAGGAGCAAUGGAUGGGAAGCAUGUUAUAUUACAGUCGCCGAUAAAUAGUGGCAAUGAUUAUGACUGUUACAAAAUGUUUCCAAGUAUAGUGCUGUUUGCUUUAGUUGACGCUAACUAUAAAUUUCUGUACGUAGACGUUGGCAGCAAAGGACGUAUAUCAGAUGGCGGUGUGUUUAAAAAUACCAAUUUAUAUAAAAAGGUCGAAAAGAAGGAAUUGAACAUUCCUUCACCAGAAAUAUUACAAAUACCGUAUAAAAUUGCAGUGCCCUAUUUUAUUCUAGGCGAUAAAGCUUUUGCUCUCAAUGAUUACACAUUGAAACCUUAUGAAGGUACUCCAGAAAGAGGUUCAAUGGAAAGGAUUUUCAAUUACAGGCUGUCCAGAGCAAGAAGAGUUGUGGAGAAUGCCUUUGGCAUUUUAAGCUCCGUUUUUAGAGUACUGAGGAAGCCGCUACUAUUAGAACCAGAAAAAGCUACGAAAGUCGUAUUGACUACCAUAUGCUUAUAUAACUACUUGCGUAGAGAUUUAGCUUCCUCACAAAGGUUCACUCCCCCAGGAUCAUUCGAUGCCGAAGUUGAAGGGACAGUAAUACCCGGCCGAUGGCGACAGGAUACAGAAAUGUCAUCAAUGCUAUCUAUUCAAGCCAUACCACGGCGAGGAUCAACAAAUAUAAAAGAAAUACGUUCACAUUUAGGGAGACAUUUCAUAACAAACGGAGCAAUUUCUUGGCAGAAUAAUUAUCAGUAAAUAAUAGGUACUCACUUCUUCACCUAAAGUAUCUUGUGUAUUUCCUGGGUGAUUUCUAUCUCCUAGAAAACUGAAGGCUUCAUAGGCAUACCAAUUCGAAACAUAUAUUUCACCACGACCUGCAGUAUAAAAUAAAAAAAAAUAAUAUUAGAAAUAAUAU